CGUCUCGUGGAGACCCCCCCGGACAACGGGGACACCCAGGAGCUCCCAAAAGAGGGUGAAAAUGGAGCUGCAGCCACAGAGGAGCUGGCUGGGACCAGGGACAUGGGGGACAGCGGUGCCCUCCUGGGGCAUCUGCGGCCGGACCAGGAGAUGCCACGCUUGGACCACGGGGAUGGUGGAGCAGACGCUCUCCCGAAGCCCUCGACUGCCUCGAUGGACGCGCGGAGGAGCACGGAGCUCCCGGCCCUUGACAGCUUCCCCUUGAAGCACUCGAACACGCUGACGAACAGGCAGCGAGGCAACGAGGUCUCAGCCCUCCCAGCCACGCUGGACACGCUGUCCAUCCACCAGCUUGCUGCCCAAGGUGAGCUCAGCCAGCUGAAAGAGCAUCUGCGGAAAGGCGAGAACUUGGUGAAUAAACCCGACGAGAGGGGUUUCACGCCGCUGAUCUGGGCCGCAGCCUUCGGAGAGAUCGAAACGGUCCGUCACCUGCUGGAAUGGGGCGCCGACCCCCACGCGCUGGCGAAGGAGCGGGAGAGCGCCCUGUCCCUGGCCAGCACGGGCGGCUACACCGACAUCGUCACCAUGCUGCUGGAGAGGGACGUGGACAUCAACACCUACGACUGG